CGUGCGCGGGAACUUGGAAAACUGCCAGUUUUGCACUUGCCAGUUCCGUGUUCGUAACAGUAGAAUUAGCACGUAUUUCUACAACAUGUUACGCCAAUUAAGCAAAGUGGUCCAGCAAAAGGCGAGAUUCGCUACAGCUGCGGUCCCUGCUCCUCAAAAGAACCCAGAGAUUUUAUACACCGGGUUAUUCAUCAACAAUGAAUGGGUAAAGUCAUCGGAUGGCAAGACGUUCAAGACUGAGAAUCCCAGCAAUGGCAAAGUGAUUGCAGAUGUACAGCAGGCCAGCAAGACUGAUGUGGACAAGGCUGUUAAAGCGGCUAAGGAUGCCUUUAAGCUUGGUUCACCAUGGAGGAAGAUGGAUGCCUCCGAGAGGGGGUACCUCCUCAGCAAACUGGCUGAUCUUGUUGAGAGGGACAGGACUUACUUGGCCAGUCUAGAAACCCUGGACAACGGGAAGCCCUACACGGCAGCUUACUACGGCGACGUGCAGGCAGUUAUCAAGAACUUGCGCUACUACGCCGGCUGGGCUGACAAGAGCCAUGGCUUGGUGCUGCCGAUGGACGGCAAACACUUCGCUUAUACUAGGCAUGAGCCUGUUGGUGUAUGCGGCCAGAUAAUCCCAUGGAACUUCCCUCUCCUGAUGGCAGCGUGGAAGCUAGGCCCUGCCCUGGCUGCCGGCUGCACGGUCGUGAUGAAACCGGCCGAACAGACGCCUCUUACUGCGCUAUAUCUCGCUCAGUUGGUUAAGGAAGCUGGUUUCCCCGAGGGUGUGGUGAACAUGUUGCCAGGUUUCGGCGACGCGGGCGCAGCUCUCGUCGACCAUCCCGAUGUCGACAAAAUCGCUUUCACUGGUUCAACCGAAGUAGGCAAGUUAAUCCAGCGCAACUCGGCUGGCACAGUGAAGCGCAUCACAUUGGAGUUGGGAGGAAAGUCGCCUAACAUCAUCUUCGCGGACACUAACCUGGAGAGAGCGGUGGAGGCGGCACAUUUCGCGCUGUUCUUCAAUAUGGGACAGUGCUGCUGUGCUGGAUCCCGCACAUUCGUGGAGGACAAGAUCUACGACAAGUUCGUGGAGCUGUCCGCCGAGCGAGCCAAGCGACGCGUCGUCGGGGACCCCUUCAAGCCUGACACCGAACAGGGACCACAGAUCGACUUAGAACAGCAGACCCGCAUCCUGAGCCUGAUAGAGUCAGGCAAGCAGCAGGGCGCCAGGCUGGUGGCGGGAGGCAGCAAGGGAGCUGAUGCCGGCUACUUCGUGCAGCCCACUGUCUUCAGCGACGUGCAGGACACCAUGGACAUCGCUACCACCGAGAUCUUCGGCCCCGUGCAGCAGAUCCUGAAGUUCUCUCAGCUGGACGAGGUGGUGGAGCGAGCCAACAACUCGCAGUACGGACUCGCGGCCGCUGUCUUCACGCAGGACAUCGACAAGGCUAACUAUGUUGUGCAGCGACUUCGCGCCGGCACAGUGUGGGUGAACGAUUACAACGUGCUAAGCAACCAGGUUCCCUUCGGAGGUUACAAGCAAUCCGGCAUCGGACGCGAGAACGGACCCUACGGCAUCAAGAAUUACACGGAAGUUAAGGCUGUCAUCACUAAACUUACUGAUAAAACUUCAUAAACAUAAAAAUAGCUGUAAUGUGAAAUAGUGAUGUUCGAGUGUUUGGUGAGAAGCGGUAAAAGUUAUCGAUAUUUUAAACUACAUAAAAAUAUUAUAGUCUGAUAUAUACUGUUGUAAGACAAUCUUCCAUAAGAGUUCACGCAUUCAGUUGUAAUUAAUUUUUGAAGGUACGUUUUAUUACAGUAGUGAUGUGAUAAAUAUAUCGAUAACUUUUUACAUGGGACUAGCGAAGCAUUCUGUCUCAAGACAUUCGCACAAAUAUCGUAAUAUGUAUAUUUCGAUAUUUAUUUUGUACGUUCUCAACUCACAAAUUAUUGUAGAAUAAUUCGUAAGUUGUAUCGAUAUUAAUGAAUACUCUAUGUUUAAUGCUCUGUAAAUGUUAAUUAUAUUGAACACUAAAAAAGUGAAUCUAUACAAAUACAAUUUGUUAACUUUUGCAUUUGUUAUUUUAUGUGAACAAUGUUUUGCAUUUACCGGGUAAAGAGGCUGAGAUAUGUAGAACCAAUUAAAUUGAUUCCAAAUGUCUUCCAAUAUAGACACGUAAAGCGUAUUUAUCUUAUAAAGCACAAUGUAUAUUUCCAUUAAUCAUUGUAAAGUGCCAUUUACUUUUUUCUAUGUUAUCCUAUAUUUUUGAAGAAAAAAUAAAAAGCCAAAAAUUAA